AUGCCAGAUAUCCGCAUCCAGAUGUAUGUCAGGGAAAAACAUUGUCUCAGUAUUUCCAAUCUAAUAUGGACUUAUUCUUAUGGAAUCAUCAAUAUUUGUAUAAAGGAACUAGUGCUUGAAAGAUAUGGUGAAGAAGUAUGGGAAAAAAUAAGAAACCACGCUAAAGUAGAUGACCAGUUUAUCAACUACAAUCAAUAUCCUGAUCACGCGACAUAUGCCUUAGUGGCAUCCGCCGCUCAGACACUAGAUGUGUCCGAAGACGUUGUCUGGGAACUUUUUGGAGAGUUCUGGGUAAUAUGGUGUAUGCGUGCUGGAUUCGACUCAAUGAUACGUGCUCUUGGAUCAUCUAUGUCUGAGUUCAUUGCUAAUUUAGAUUAUCUUCAUAGUGUUUAUAUGAAAACAUCGUACCCUAAAAUGACGGUACCGUCGUUUAGAGUUGAGAACCUGGAAGAUGGAACAAUUAUGCUUCAUUAUUAUUCCAACAGAAGAGGAAUGAAAGGGGUUGUUAUAGGCAUUGUGCGUGCAGUUGGUAAUAUUAUAUUCGACACGCAAGUGACGAUAGAUGUACUCGACUGUCGAGAAGAAACCGAAGGAGGCAAGAAAGAACACACAACAUUUAUUGUUCGCAUAGAUGUAGUAGCUGAUGAACCUGACAACGAUUCUAGCAAUGACGAUGAAGUAGUGGAUGCGAUCACGCCUUUACCAGCGAUAAAGCAGUCAAAACCAUCACCGAGAGGAUCUCUUGGAAAUUUAUCACACUUCAGCUGUUCGACGAGAAAGUCCAACGUGCCUCUGUUUGAUGAAUCGAAGCCAGUAUACUCAGACAAAUUAUUCAUAGAACCAGAAACAUUCUGUAUAUCGUUUCCUUACCAUCUUGUUUUCAACCAAGACAUGGAAAUUGUUCAGUGUGGUGCUAAAUUACAGAAGUUAUGCCCAAGAAUAAAAAGUCCCAAAGUGAAACUUGAGGACUUUAUCACUAUGCAGCAUCCUCAAAUUCCAAUUGACAUAAUGAGCUUCAGAAAGUUUAUUAAUAUGAUCUUCAUGGUUGAACUGAAAAGAAAUCAAAUGGAACUGUCAUUUCAGAAUAAGCCGCUUCUCUCACUCAGGGGUCAGAUGGUUUGGAUGGAGAAGUUACAGUGCAUUGCGUUUUUCUGCUCGCCUCGACUGACAACGCUCCAAGACCUUGAGGACAGGAACAUGUAUUUUUCGGAUAUAGCACCACAUGACGUCACACGAGAUCUCAUAUUGUUCAAUCAGCAGCGAGUUGCCGAGAUUGAGCUAGCUCGGCAGCUUGAACAGAAGAAAGAGGAGUUAAGAACGUUGAUGAAGGAUUUACAAGAAGAGAAAUUGAAGACCGACAUGCUGCUACAUUCAAUGUUACCACAACAAGUAGCAAACGAUUUGAGAGAGGGAAGAAAGGUCGAAGCAGGUGAAUAUGACCAAGUGACUGUUUUAUUUAGUGAUGUAGUGAAGUUCACUGAUAUGUGCGCUGUUUGUAAACCAAUCCAGAUUGUUCACUUGUUGAAUGAAAUGUACGUGAUGUUUGACAGACUUACAAGUGUACAUGACGUAUAUAAGAUUCGUGUUGGAAUUCACAGUGGUCCUGUAGUGGCCGGAGUGGUAGGCCAGAAGAUGCCUCGAUAUUGUCUAUUUGGAGAUACGGUUAAUACAGCGUCCAGAAUGGAAAGCCAUGGAAUCAAUGGGAAAAUUCACACAAGUCCAAACUCAUAUAAGUAA